AUGAGUGAUAGUUGUUGGGAAAAAUUACUCAGCACCAUGGGAUGCUGCUGUAGUUUGUUUAAUAAAGACAGCGGGCCACAGGGAGGAGAAGCCAAUGAAAGAACUCAUUUGUUAGUUGAUCCUGUCAGUAACAGCACUAAUAUUCCACAUGCACACAGCGAUGAUUACGUUAAUCAAUAUGCAAUAUACUCCAAAAGAAUAGAAACUGGUGGAGUUAAAAUACCCCAAACCACUUGCUGUUUACUCAAUGAUAUUCCAGCGCCAGAAAGAAUAUUAUCAUCUGAACCGAUUACUACUGAAGAUCAAGAGCUGAUAAAAACCAUGGUUCGGAGCGCUGUAGAAGCUUUGAAUGAUGUUAAAGUGGAGCAUAAAGAAGAUCUGGUGGUGCCAUUUCUCUCGUGA